UCUUUUUUUUUACUUUAAUACAUAUAUUUCAUGUUUAAAUUUAAAAUACAUUAAUAUUAAUUAUUUUAAAUAAAACAUGAAAAAAGACCGAACAAAGUUACUUAAUGCCAGUACAUCAUACAAUGAAUUUUUUGUGAAACCUUAUGGAUUUUGUUGUGAUAUCAAAAAUUAUGAUCCAAAAUUAAGUGCAUCGAGAAAAAGAUCCGUGCCACUUUUUUCUUCAAGCGGUUUAUCUGGUGGAGGACCUGAUAUUAAAAUUCGUAUCCAAGAACAUGAUGAUAUUCUAAAUUUCAGUCCACGAAGUACUCAAAGAAAUGUUCGAGACCGAGUUGGUCUUCGAGGUAAAUAUCUUCGAGGCGUUGACAGACAACUUGUUGAUAAACGUCUACGUCGAGGAAUUGAAUUGCAAUCUUUGGCCGACUUAAUCACAUCUAGACGACUUAGAGGACCUCUUCAAUGGUACUUAGAAGAUGAAAUAGCAGCAGCUCGAGAAAUUAUGAUGACUAAAAAGCAAGAAAUGUAUCAUGCAGAAAUGAAAAAAAAUAUUAAAAUUGCUAAGCAAAAAGAAAAAAGAAGACGACGAAGAAAGAAAAAAAUAUCAAGCAAGAAAAAAGAU